UUUUAUACUCUUGAUAAUGGUGGAUUUCGAGAGAUAUCAGGUAUGACAAAUAUCAGCUUAUUAGAACAAGCUCUUAGUAUUGUGAAUCAAUUACUCGUUAAAGAUCUAAAAGCGUGCAAUAAAGUUUUGAAUUCAUGCCAAGGAGCUAAAUUGGAUUGUAACUUGAAAAAACCUGAACUUUGCAGAAAUUUAACUGAAUACAUGAAAAGGAUAAGGGAGACUAAUAUACCACAUACUAUAAAUGAAAUGUCCGAAAUUAUAUUGCGAAAAGGUGUACAACAACCAAGGCCUCCCCUGAAGCCUUCAAACAUUACUCAUUCCCGCGUGCAACCUAAUCUUAAGCAUAGGCUAGUUAUUAAUCCUCCUAUCCAACUCUAUGGUUCAAAUCAUAAUAUUCAAUUCAGGUCAUCACCGUUUUACGAUAUUAUAGAAUCAAUUACGGAUUUCAGAAUAUUGGACGGGUCAAAUGACAAUACGCGAAAUUCAGUUACUAUUGACUUCUAUCUAACACUAGAUCAAGUUCGACAUCUUCAGACGGCAAGGAAUGUAGCAUACUACCAGAUACGUUUAUUCUGUUGUGCCGAACCUUUCGACAAUGGAUCUUCUAAUUCUAAUGCAGUGGUUGAAUUUCCACUAAUGUGUGAGAUUCAAGUUAACGAUGACACAUUGCCAGCUAACACUAGAGGAAUUAAAAAGAUGGUUGGUUCAGUACAUCCGAUAGAUAUAACUCCGCUUUGCAAGAUAAAUACUACUUAUCAAAAUAAGCUUAAGUUUGUGUAUGCGAAUAUUACCAAGUUGAUUAAGAAGAAGUCAGUUGAUCACAUCGUAGAUCAAAUAAAAAAUGGAAGAAUAAUCACAAAAGAAGAAACAUUAAAAAAGUGGAAAAAUGCUUCUGAGGAUGAUAUAGUGCUUGGAUCAAGCCAAAUUUCACUGAAAGAUCCGUUAGGGUAUACGAGAAUCCAAGUCCCAUGUAAAUUUUCUCGUUGUAGACAUGUACAGUGCUUCGAUGCGUACUUAUUUUUUCAAAUGAAUGAACAAACACCAACCUGGUUAUGUCCUAUUUGCAAUAAUGUUGGAUCAUGGUCCGAUAUUGUAGUAGAUGGUUACUUUGCCGACAUACUUAAUAACACGUCUCAAGACCAGGAACGCAUUAUAAUCGAGCCUAACGGCGAAUGGUCUGUUCAGAAAAAACGGAAUAUUUCAGAAGAGCUGGUUCAUUCUCCUGUUACUAAAACUUCAAAAAAGACACGUUUUGUGGAACCACCGAUAGAUGUAUACGUGAUAGAUGACUCAGAAGACGAGAGCCUUCCUAUACAGCCAAGUAAACCGAUUCAAUCGCAUCCACCUACGUUUAAUGGGAAAGAGAUAAUUGACCUUACAUUAAGUAGCGAUGAAGAAGAGACACCAACAAUCAACAGUAACAAAGAUAUUAUCAGAAAUGCUGCCUCAGGUAUCAACAGAUCUUCUAUUAAGUUAGAAAUUCCUCAAGAUCCAAAUAUCCAAACACAACCUAUAUCAUCUAUGAAGGUAGCCUAUUCUUCCCCUACGUCUCAAUCCCCAACCUUUGAUACUACUAUUUCUUCCCAUUUUUAUGAUCAGUACCCCUUAAGUAAAUCAUCGCAUUAUUAUGAUAAUCCAGAACCCGCGUUAAUUACUUCACCUGGUUCAAUAGGAGAUAGUUACGGAUUUUACAUGGGUGCUGAUCCUAAUUUUCACAAUGAAUAUGAUAAUUAUGAUUUCUAA